ACUACUUUUUAUGUGAUUAUAACCACAUCAUCUGCAAAGGCUAAGAUGUUUAUUUUGGUUCCUAUUUUCACUCCUAUGUUCUUCUCUGCUACCUUCUGUAGAGUUUCUUCAAUGGCAAAAUUAAAUAGGAUCGGUGAUAGCCCAUCUCCUUGUCUGACACCAGAGUUUACUUCAAAGGGGUUGCAGUUGUGGCCAUCAAUUCUAACUGAACACUUAGAUCCUGAAAUACUCAUUUUAAUUAAGGCUAUAAUUUUAUUCGGUAAGCCGAAUUUUCUUAGCUGUGCCCAUAAUUUGUCCCUUCUUAUGCUGUCGUAAGCCUUUGAAAGUCAAUAAAUAGGCCUAAGGCAUAAAAUUCUUUAUUGAACUCCCAAUAAUUGGCUACUAUUUCUUUUAAGAUAAAUAUUUGGUCAGUUGUCGAUCUACUCUUCCCCUAAACCCCGCUUGAUGCUCACCUAUCAACUCGUGUUACGAGUAUUGUUCUAGACGCUUUAAAAUAAUUUUUGAGAUAACUUUGUAUGGGAUACUAAGCAGUGAGAUUCCCCUAUAGUUAUCACAAACUUCUUUCUCACCCUUUUUAUGAAUAGGGAUAAUGACUGCUUCCUGCCACUCCAUUGGCAUUUCUUCUUGUUCCCAUAUUUUUGAAAUUAAAUUAUACAGCUUUUCUGCUAUUAUGUUUCCUACUCUCUUUAAUAUAUCUCUGCUGUUAUUUAAUCUCUUCCAGGAGCUUUGUCAUUUUUCAGGGACUUAAUUGUAUAUUGUACUUCCCCUGAGACUGGAAUCCCUUACUCUAUCACUAGACCAGCUCGCUCCUCACCGUCCACCACAGUGUGGAUCCUUUCUUUUAAGAUGGUAAAAAUGAAGGUUUUGUCGCCGAACUGUUAAAAAUGAAUCGUCUUAUUGAAACCAAGAAUGUUUUGAAGAAUAUAGCCAAGGACAUUGUAACAAAAUGUGCAGCUAAAGGCCAGACCAUCAGUUCAGCAUGUGCUUUAAGAAUUAUGAAGAUUACUAUUCAAAAUCCCGAAUAUGACUUUGGCUCAGAUAUGAUGACCCGGCCGCAGAUCCAGCAGUUGGUGGCAACAUGUGUGGCCAAGAUGACUGACAGAGUUGGUUCUUCCUCUCGUACCAUAGAGAUGCAGGUUUACUUCAGUUCUAAUUAUACAACCAGAGACGAGAUUGUAGUGGAUCACAGACACAAUGUUCUGAGUCGGACUGAGCCUCUCAUUGCUGAGAUCAAGGAUACAGGACUGGUAACAGGGGAUGACUUGAAGAAUCUUUACCGCAAGUUAGUCAUUGCUAUAACACUCUUGUCUGGCCUGGGCAACCCAUCGGCUACAUCUGUACUCAAGGAGGCAACUGCUGCUCUCCAUAGCGUCUUCCCCCUAUCAGAACUGAAUAGGUUCAUCAUGCUGUCAGAUGAAGACAAGAUGAAACAAAUUAUUGAACUGAAGCAGAUUGUAUCUGGUAUAAGACUUUUCAAUCGAGAUUCACACAAGGGUGGAGAAGGCAUUGAUGAUAUGCCAAGUAUUCUACAGCAAGCAGUAAUGGCUACAAGAGAUCUGCUGAAUCAAGGGAUACAAGACACCCAGGAACAAAUAGACCAGAUAACUGCUUGGCUUAAUCAUCUCUACCAGGAGAAGGUGAUGGAAGAUUCAGAGACAGUUCAAGUCAAUGUCAACAUCCCACCUACCCUUGCUGAGGAGGACCUCAUCCUGCUCAAAGAGAAUGCUGUACACUUAAUGCAGUACCAGAUUUAUCUUAAGACAAUGCUAGAAGAUGUGAAGGAAUGUGAGAAGGAGAUUGUAGUCCUCUGUUCCCAUGUAACCGAGAGACUACUACAGCUGCAUGACACAGUCAGAUACCGCACGGCCAUCCCAACCAACCAAGUCUAUCCCCAGUUUAUGGACCUAUCAAUAACAUGGUUCAGUCUCCAAGAUCAGAUGAUAGUCCUGAGUACGUACAAUCAGAUCAUUUACGCUCUUCAAAACAUGUCAAAGAUUCAUCGGCUGUCUGAAGAUAAAAUAGACUCAUUGAAUGAUUUACUAAACACUUUUACCUCCAGAAUUUCAAUGUAUGACAGGGUACAGAAAAUUCAACCGUCCAAAGUAAAAUGUGAAGUUUUGGAGCUUGUCAACAUUGAAAAUUGUGAUCCGAAAAAAAUUCAGUACUAUGGCCACUGUGCCUUCAGGUUUGUGGAGAUGGAAGGUUCCCUUUUCCCUGCAGAGCUCUCCCUGGGGUUGCUGAGAUACAAGGGAUUUCUCUUUGCAUUCAGUUCUGUUGAAGCUGCUUAUACAUUCGGAAGAGAUCCUGAAAGAUAUUAUCAACAAGGAUUGGACCUUGUAGUUCAUAGACCAGAACUCAUCGUUUUGUUCAAUAUGGAUGAACAAAUUCACAACUUGAAACCAACAUCCAAAACCCCAACAUCUGCUAUGAUCCAGAAGUGUGACUCACAAACACAGACAGACACUCACCCUGUGGAGCACCAGCUAGAUCCCUCGUACUCUUGGAACAUCUGGGACUACAAGAGACAAGCUGUACAACUGGCUGAUAUCUGCAAGUCAGCGACCCGCAGCUGUCAGACAGAUCACAGCCACAAGAGGCUGCAUAUCGCAGUACAAGCCAAGCCUUCUCGCAGCACUGGUGUGCAGCAUGACAGACACACAGCUACCAACACUCCCGCAGUACGCAGCUACAUAGUGGGACUGCGGGGUACUUGGCUGAGAGACCAGUUCAUGUCCAACAAUAUGUGGACACACCUGCCACGCUGUCCACAAACUUGAUUUGCUUUCAAAAAACUGAUUCUUAAU